UCAGAGGGUCGACAUGCUUCUGUCAACUGUCCUUCUCUAAAUGUGACUUUAAUGAAGUAUUUGCGGACAUUUGCUGUUGUUUUCACCAAAUAUCGAACGGCGCGCUUUUCUCACGCGGCAGUUUGUGGAGUCUUGCCUGAAAGAGCCAUGUGUAAGCCGCUGAAGACCAAAGUGCUCACUUUGUCACCGGCGGCCGAAGACGAGCCCGCGUUUGUGACGCGGGAAGCUCGUGCAGAUCCUACCGACAUCUUGAGCUGCACGGCGAAGGCUCUGAAGGACGGCCAUGUCGUCGCCGUGCCCACCGACACCAUCUACGGCCUGGCGUGUUUGGCCCAGAACGCCGGCGCCGUGCGUAAAAUCUACGACAUCAAAAGCCGGAAUGAGCAGAAGCCUCUCGCCAUAUGUGUGGGAGAAAUCCAGGAUAUAUACAAGUACUGCAAAGUGAAAGUGAAAGAGGAGCUGCUCGGUGACCUCCUGCCAGGUCCUGUCACCCUGGUGUUUGAAAGAUCCCAAAUACUGAACAAAGAGCUCAACCCUUUCACCCGACUUGUGGGCGUGCGUAUUCCAGACUGUACCUUCCUGCGGCGACUUUGUCAAACGUGCAAGGAGCCGCUGGCACUCACCAGCGCUAACGUCAGCGCACAAAGCAGCACGCUGGCCGUCCAUGAGUUUAAGGAUCUGUGGCCCAAACUCGCAGUGGUCGUGGACGGAGGGCCAAUCGAAGACCAGAGUCGUCUCGGGUCGACCGUGGUGGACCUUUCUGUACACAGCAGGUACCGCAUCAUCCGAGCCGGGUGUGCCUUUUCUUCCACCGUGGACGUGCUGGAAGGUAAAUAUGGACUCUCCUCUCUGGAUUUGGGAUAAAACCACAUCACAAAAGUCCACACACUGACUGGAACACAACAAGCUUUUUUUUUUUUUAAUGAACUUUUUUCUCAACCUCAAGACCAUUAUUUUUUCCUCGGGAAUAUUUGAGACCCUGGACUUUGGAAACACUCUACGGCUAUAAAGUGGACAGCUUGCAAUAUUUUUAUAAUGGGAGUGGAUUUUAUUUUUGUGGCUUUGCUGUUGAAUUAUGUUGGUCCUUUAUAAUAGAUUUAUGUGGAAGUUUUCCGUCUUGUUUUAAAAAGUGUCUUAUCUAUACCCUUUUUUGCAUUUCUAUUAGAGAUGUCCGAUAAUAUAUAAUAUUUAAAUGCUUUAAAAUGUAAUAUCGGAAAUUAUCGGUAUCGUUUUUUUUUAUAAUCGGUAUGUUUUUUUUGGGUUUUUUUUAUUAAAUCAACAUAAACACAAGAUACACUUACAAUUAAAGCUGCAAGCAGCGUUGGUCGGGCCCGCGUAUUUGGCAGGUGCUAGUCCUAAGUGUCCCAAUACUUUUGUCCAGUUUUAGUCCCAAGUGUCCCAAUGCUUUUGGCAAGUUGUAGUCCUAAGUGUCCCAAUACUUUUGUCAAGUUGUAGUCCCA